AUGCCCCGCGUCACCAAAGCCCAGAAAGAGGCGCGCGGCGUAUCGGGCAAGCCCAAGGGAAAGGGAAAGCCAGCGACGGGGUUCAAGGUCGGCCCGUCACAUGCCCCGCGUAAUGCGUAUCUCGGCAAGGCACAGAAGAAGAAGGCCGAACUGAUCGCCGCGGCCAAGGUCAAGCAGCAGUAUGCCAAGGUCCUGGCGCGGGAGGGCAUGCAGAGUGUGCGUGUGGGGGGCAAGGGGGGGGCCGCACGUCUCGAGAAACGCAUGGCGGCAGCCAUGGUCGAUGCCGAUUUGGACGAGGGAUCCGACUCGGACUCGGACUCGGGCUCGGACGCAGAGGACGAAGCGGCCCGGGCUGCGGCGCGGAUGCGUCAAGCUGCGCGGGAGGCAGACGAAGCGCGGGCCGAGAGACGGGAACGUAAGGCCUUUGAACGCGGACAGACGGGGACCGAGAAGGCGUUCCGGCCUGGUCGCCGCCCAAAACCCAAGCAGCAUGACAAGAGCCAGAAACGGACGGUGCGCGCUCUCUCGCCGCCAAAGGUCGAGCCGCGCGAGGGACGACUGCGCGAUCUGAAGCGCGAGGCUUUUGGCCAGCGGCACAGUGGUCGGGCGGGCGGCCAGCCUCGUAUGGGCGCACGUAUGGACAUGCUGCUCGAGAAGAUCCGGCGCUCAAAGUGA